AUGGAAGUCACUGAAUCUUCGGUCAAGGCAAACCACGGAGCCUCUGUGCCCGACACGAGCGCCUCUCGAGAGCAAAUCUCUCAAGCGCAUUGGCUUCAGUCCAGGGGCAUCAAAGCCGAAGAGCGUGUUCAGUUGACCAGGCUCUCUCAUAUGCGAUAUCAGCAUCCGGAUUUGGACGUAUUGUCAGAUUUCAUGCUAAAUUUCGGAAUGACGGUGGCAAAAAGAACCGAGAGUGAAGUCUGGUUUCGAGGCUAUGGAGUCGAUCAGUAUGUUUACUAUGCGACUAAGGGACCGAAGAAGUUCUUAGGAGGAGUAUUCGCAAUUGACUCGAAGGAGGAGUUCGAGAAGGCCUUGAAGGUGCCAGGAGCAUUGCCAGUCCAAAAAUUAUCUGAAGAUCCAGGAGGAGGUCAGAUGGUAACUAUCGUGGAUCCAGAUGGGUUUCCCUUUAACGUGAUCUUUGGCCAAGAAACAGGUGAAGAUGCCUCUACACCUGCUACCACGAAGCUGAGGGCCAACUAUCCACACGAGAAGCAGAGGCUUCGUGAGUUCAACCGCUUCGAACGUGGUCCAGCAGCCGUGCACAAAGUGGGCCACUUUGGCUACUCCACGGAACGCUUCGAAGAGCUCCUCUCAUUUUACACCUCCCAUUUCAACAUAGUUCCAACAGAUCUGCUUUAUAUGGAACAUGACGGCCACAGAAUGGAUGUGACGACAUUUAUGCACCUGGACCUAGGUCAAAACCAUACGGACCAUCACUCUUUCUUCCUCGGCGCCAGCCCAAUUGGGUCUCACGUUCACCAUUGCUCGUUUGAGGUUUUCGACUAUGAUACUCAGCAUCUAGGACAUCAAUGGCUAGCCAGUAAGGGUUAUCGAUCUGUCUGGGGCGUUGGCCGGCAUAUCCUUGGAUCCCAAAUUUUUGACUAUUGGUGGGACCCAGCAGGAAAUAUGGUUGAACACUACACUGAUGGUGAUCUGGUCAAUGAAGACACUCCAAUCGGAAUUUUGCCGGCAGGCCAUGAGUCGUUGGCCAUUUGGGGACCCGAGGUCCCGCUAGCGUUCUUGCAGUAG